AUGUUGGGAAACUAUUUUGUUCAAGAAAAGAUACAGAGAGGCCCUAAUGACAGAUUGAAUGUCAUUAUCGUGGGAGCUGGCCUCGGUGGUCUUGGAGCCGCUAUUGGAAUAUUGCUGGCCGGCCAUAACGUAACCGUGCUAGAAGCCGCUCCUGAUAUCGGAGAAGUUGGUGCAGGAAUCCAGGUCUUGCCCAAUGCUGCACGAGUGUUGUUCUCGUGGGGCCUGGAGAAGAAGCUGGAGAAGUAUGCAACGAAGCCUCAGAAAUGCAAUUUCAUCGGCUGGAAAGGAAACUUUCUAGGCGAUAUGAACUACCACCAGUAUGCAGCAGCUGCAGGAGGGUUUCCCUUCUGGGACUUCCACCGAUCUGAUCUGCACCGAUGCUUGCUCGAACGCGCCGUGGAACUCGGCGCGAAACUCAUUACGAAUGCGAAAGUUGAUACCUUCACUGUAUCCCAAGAUCAAACUACCUCAACUGUUGUCCUCGGUGACGGACGUACCAUGACAGCAGACCUCCUUGUCGGUGCAGACGGUAUUUCUUCCAAGCUGAGAGAACAAUUCCUUGGCAGGCCUGAUCCACCACAGCUUACGGGUGACCUGGCAUAUCGACUCCUUCUAAACACGGCAGACAUGCUGAAAGACCCGGAGCUACGACACUUUGUCGAGAACCCUCAAGUAAACUACUGGAUUGGUCCCGACAAGCACGCUGUAAACUAUGUUCUCAAAGGUGGUAAGCUGUUCAACAUGGUUCUCUUGGUACCGGACGACAUGCCCAUUGAUGGCAGAAACACACUUCAGGGCAACAUUGAGGAGAUGCGAGCCCACUAUGACGGAUGGGAUCCUCGAAUCAGCAAGAUGUUGCUCAUGUGCGAUGAGGUUCUGAAAUGGAGACUUUGUAUCAGACCCGGUCUUGAGCCUACUUGGUCACAUCCGUCUGGCACUUUCACUAUGCUUGGCGAUGCCGUCCAUGCGACCUUGCCAUACCUUGCCAGUGGAGCCGGCAUGGCUCUGGAGGACGGAGGCGUUCUUGGUCUCUGUCUUGCUCGAUUGACAGAUAAGUCCGUCUCAUCAAGGAAGAAGGCUCUCAAAAUAUACGAGGACUGUCGUCGAGAGAGAACCGAGCGUGUUGUGCGCCGCGGUACAUACAACCAAUGGAUUUACCACCUCCAUGAUGGCGCAGAGCAGGUUGAGCGCGAUGCCAAGUUUCAACAAUUCGGAAACAUGGACAGCGAGUGGCUAAGCGGUGAAUCACCUGUAUUGCCCGUAUCCCAGGAGACAGGAGAUGACCCGUUUCCAUGGAGGUAUCAUGGAGUCGGCAGGUGGCUUUUGACUUACGAUAUGUGGGCUGAUAUUGAGGAUAAAUGGCCAUCAGUUAAAGGAGUUGCUACAGCUGAGAGUAACAAGACGCCUAGAGCGAGCCUAUGA